AUGGCGAGAUUAAGGAGGAACGACAGCCAUAUUGGUCAAAACUAUGUGAAUCAAUACGAUGAAGGACAUGAUAUUGACAAAAUAUCUAAAUUACCAAGAAACCUUAUUGAUGAUAUUUUGAAACGUAUGACCAUAAAGGAAGUUGCAAGGAUGAGCGUGUUAUCACAAAAAUGGAAUCAGAUAUGGUCUACACAUCCAUUUCUUGUGCUAGAUCGCUGGUUCCAUGAAGAAAUAGAUUAUCAAAAUCGAUCAUCAUCCUCAGUCACUUUUGACUUUAAAAAUAUUAUAAACAAAAUCCUCUUACAACAUAGUGGUUCAAUUGUCAAGUUUGUCCUUGAUGUAUCAGGUGUUGGUUCCGACUGGGACCUUCAUCAUUGGCUACGAUACGUUUCUAACAAUGGGCUUAAGGAACUUAAAAUCGAAAAUUCAAUCCAAUCCACAUAUACUUUGCCAUAUUUCUUAUUCAAUUCUGGAGAAUUGAGUCAUUUGGACAUCACCAAUUGUGCCUUCAAGAUGCCCCUUGCCUCUACAUCAUUUCAGAAUCUUGUGAGGCUUGAUCUAAGGCUAAUAAGUUUUGAUCCAAUAUUGGUGUAUACCAAACUUGAGGCUCCCCUUCUCUCGAUCAUGGUGCUUACAUAUUGUGAUGGUCUCCAGUAUCUUAAUAUCUCUGCGCCCCGAUUGCGUGGCUUACACAUUGUUGAUAGUCAUUAUGUCGAUUUGAUAGUUCUCAAAGCCUAUCCCAAUCUGAAAACGUUGACUAUUGUGACAUGCGACAAAAUCGAGCAAUAUGAAUUUUGGAGAAGGUUUACUUUGACAGACAUUAUUUGUUCGUUCCCUAAACUUAUAGGGUUAGACUUCAACAGUCCGUUCUUCAAGUUUGUAGUUCCACAUGUUAUUCCAAAGAGGCUUGAGGCUACACUGGAGAAUUUGCAGCUUCUCAACUUAGGUCUGUGCUUUGCCGAUGAAGCUCAAAUUUCAGCAGUUAUUUGCUUGCUGCAAAGUGCUCCCCGGUUGCAUACACUUAAAAUUGAGGAAGAACUUGCAAAUGUAGAGCAAAGUGAUAUGGACGCAGUUAGAGAGUAUUUGUCAACACCAAAUUGUGUAGAAGAGGAUCUCAUGGCACUUAGAAAGAUAAAGUUGGACGGUUUUGUGAACACCACAAAUGAACGUUUUUUCAUGAAACUUAUGCUAGCUCAUUGUCCUUCACUUGUAGAGGUGGCACUUACGCCUGCAACAUCAAUUGACGAACGUGAAAUAUCGCUCUUCUACUUAGAAGUGCUUCAGUUCCCUCAAGCUUCACCAAAUGUCAAUAUACUGCUUGAAUAG